CCCGUUGAAGGCUGCUGGUGCGGCCUAGGCACAGUCGGCAUUCAAUGCACCCCUCGGAGAGGGCACCCGUGUUCCCCAAAGAGACCGGGACCACUUUCUGGUCAUGCACACGGCCAGCACAGGUCAAGGGGCCAGCGGAUACCCAUGCUCACAGAGCUCCCACGCUACCUUAGAAGCACACCGGUGUGCUUCACUCCCAAAUUAAUUUCUAGUUUUCCAGGAAAAAAAUUGUUUUUGAAGAAGUUAGCUAGGAGGAGACUCAGGAUGCUUCCAGACCGAGCAUGCUAUAGCUAUUAUUACUACAGCUUCACAGGAAAGGUCACAGCUAGACAUGGGAACAAUGUAUCCUCCUGCCAGCUGGGUUCCCCUCCUUGGACUCACACCCCAUCACACUGGUCAGCCUUGGCCGGGCCAGGACCAUUUGUAACCCCACAAAUCUGCAUCCGAUACGACUUGCACGAGCUCGGAUUAGGGCUGACCUCUUAAGGUUAGUUCUGCUGGAUGCUCAAGCAGAGUCUGGCGAGAAGUCAGCAUUUCAGAGAGCACUUGGAAUGUUUUGGCUUGCCAGCUAAUGCAGCGUUUCCCACUUGUCAACAUAAGCGGCCCAGGGCAAAAUUCGAAGUACGUUUCCCUCAGUACAGCACCCGUCAGAUGUUAUACUCUGUUGCUGAUCCAGUCUCGCCUACAAGGGCUGUAGAGAGAGACUGGAAGAAUUGAUCCCCGUGCCUCCUGAAGUUGCGAGAUGGCCAAUUCAACCACCACAGAGCCUCCGACCCAGCCGUGCUCCCGGAACACCCUGAUCACGCAGCAGAUCAUCCCCGUGCUGUACUGCGUGGUCUUUGUCACCGGCGUCCUCCUCAACGGGAUAUCGGGAUGGAUAUUCUUUUAUGUGCCCAGCUCUAAGAGUUUUAUCAUCUAUCUCAAGAACAUAGUGGCCGCUGACUUUCUGAUGGGCCUGACUUUCCCCUUCAAAGUCCUUGGUGACUCAGGCCUGGGCCCCUGGCAGGUGAAUGUGUUCGUGUGCAGGGUCUCUGCCGUGGUCUUCUACGUCAACAUGUACGUUAGCAUCGUCUUCUUUGGGCUCAUCAGCUUCGACAGGUACUACAAAAUUGUGAAGCCCCUUUGGACUUCUGUGGUCCAGUCAGUAAGCUACAGCAGACUGCUGUCCGUGGUUGUGUGGGCGCUCAUGCUUCUCCUCGCUGUCCCAAACAUCAUUCUGACAAACCAGAGCGUCAAGGAGGUGACGAAGAUACAGUGCAUGGAACUCAAAAACGAGCUGGGGCGGAGGUGGCACAAGGCGUCUAACUACGCCUUCGUGAGCAUUUUCUGGGUUGUGUUUCUCCUCCUAAUCUUCUUCUACACGGCCAUAACAAGGAAAAUCUUCAAGUCUCACCUCAAGUCCAGGAGGAAUUCCAUCUCCGUCAAAAGGAAAUCCAGCCGCAAUAUAUUCAGCAUCGUGCUCGUAUUUUUCGUCUGCUUUGUGCCUUACCACAUUGCCAGAAUCCCUUACACGAAGAGUCAGACGGAACCUCACUACAGCUGCCGGUCGAAGGAGACCCUGCUCUACGUGAAAGAAUUCACUCUGCUGCUCUCUGCUGCCAACGUAUGUCUGGACCCCAUUAUUUAUUUCUUCUUAUGCCAGCCAUUUAGAGAAGUCUUGAGUAAGAAGCUACACAUCUCAUUAAAGGUCCAGAAUGACCUCGACGCUUCCAAAAGCAAAAGGGGGAACACAGUUCAUGAAAGCACAGACACUCUGUGAACUCCCAUUCCCUUCCGAGUACUGUUCACGUUGUUACAUGGUAAUUAAGAACUAUACGUAAAAAUGCAUGCUUAUGAUGAUAAGUAACCUACCUGGCAAUAUGAUUCAAUAGUAAGUCUGAAGUUCAAAAUAGUAAGUAUAACGAAAUUCAAAGUUUUGAUGUAAAAUCGAAGUCCACGCACAUCUGCACUUUUUUUUAGAAGUUGAGUGAAUGGAGGAAUAGUGUGUGGUUUCUGGUCUACGAAUAAGCAAAACUAAACCCUCCUCUGCUAUUAACUAGCUUCUUAGAAGACACCCAAUCUUUCAGAUGGUCCUGCUACAUAUUUUUCCACAUUUACUUCCUGUUUUCUACUCUGUAUGUACCAAUAAACAAGUUGUCUUCAAAA